AUGACAUCUAUCACAACUGCUCGCCCAUCAUUGACAUCUAAUGAUUCGGCUGUACUACAAGCUCUAUUCGAUGCCGAAUCCUCUCCAUCAUCGGGAAUCACCAUUGAUUCAACGCUCCCCUCAUGGCCGUCAUCUCUGAACAUCUCCGAAACAGACUUGACAUCGCUCAAGCAGCGCGAAACAGACAUCAUCCGCGAGCUGCAAUCAAAUAAAUCACCAAGUAUAGAGACAGUCCAGUCAGCACUGAACGACUUCGACACUCUCCUCACCCAGCAUCCAACAUAUCCCUCCGCAUACACAAACCGAGCACAAACGCUCCGUCUGCUAGUCGAUCUGAUCUACAGCAAAGAAGCGGAUAACGAUCAAACCAACGACACUGAGCUAGCCGAUGCUGCCCUCUUUGCCCCAGAAACCUCCCAGCUCUGCUCCCGCAUCUUCUCUGACCUAGGCCAAGCCAUAAAUUAUGCCACACCCGCCUCUCCCGCUGAUGCCGUCUCAACGACCCAGGCACGGCUAUUGGCUGACGCGCACACGCACAGGGGUUACUUGCUUCUGAAAGCGGCGCGCGUGAAGAAGGCUGGUACUAGUGAUGAGGCGGGUCCGGAGCGUUUGCGUGGACUUUCGGCUGAUCAGCUCGAGGAAAUGGCUAGUCGGGAUUUCUUCUUUGGUGGUCGCUAUGGGAAUAAGGUUGCGCAACAGCUUUCUGUGCAGACGAAUCCUUAUGCUAAGAUGUGUGGGGCUAUUGUUAAGGAGGCUAUGAGGAAGGAGCUUGAGGGGUGA